GAAAGAGCAAGGGAUGCAGAGAGCAUGUUGACUGUCUAGCCAGGACAAAGGUAAUGAUUAAUGAAACCUCCUGCAGAUUUAAAUGGGAUGAGAGCUAGAGUGGAGGUGAUCCUUUCUUGCAGCUCGAGGGCUCCUCAGGAGCCAGCUCCACCACUGGCAAAGAUGUUUUCGGCGAGGAUCUUCUGCCUGGUCCUGAGUGUGAUGGGCACAGUUUGGGCUGCAGAGGGAGAGAAAGAUGAAUUUUCAGAAGGAGGAGGCGCUGUCCGGGGCCCCAGAGUCAUGGAGAAACAGCACUCCACCUGUAAAGAUGCCGACUGGCCCUUCUGCUCGGACGAUGAGUGGAAUUCCAAAUGCCCUUCUGGCUGCAGGAUGAAAGGGUUGAUUGAUGAAGUCAAUCAAGAUUUUACAAACAGAAUAAACAAGCUCAAAAAUUCACUGUUUGAUUAUCAGAAAAGCAACAAGGACUCUAAUUCAUUGACCAGGAAUAUAAUGGAAAUUUUGAGAGGGGAUUUUGCCGAUGCUAACAACCAUGAUAAUGCAUAUGGGCAAGUGUCACAAGACCUAAGAAGCAGAAUUGAGGUCUUGAAGCGCAAAGUCACAGAACAAGUGCAACAUAUUAACCUUCUACAGAAAAAUGUCAGAGCUCAGUUGAUAGACAUGAAGCGAUUAGAGGUGGACAUUGAUAUUAAAAUUCGAUCUUGCCAAGGGUCCUGCAGUCGGGCUCUAACACGUGAGACAGAUCUAAAGGACUAUGAAGACCAGCAGAAGCAACUUGAACAGGUUAUCGCCAUAGACUUAUUUCCCUCUCGUGACAGGCAGCACUUACCACUGAUGAAAAUAAGCCCACUUCCAGAGUUGAUUCCCGGAAACUUCAAGAGCCAACUUAACGAGGCCCCUCCAGAGUUGAAGGCACUAGUGGAAAUGAAGCAGAUGAGAAUGGAGUUAGAAGGGCUUGGGAAAGAUAAGAAUUCUUAUGGAGACUCUGCUUAUCAUGGAACAGGCUCAGUGCCUGAAAGCCCCAGGAAUCCUGUACCUGGCAAUACUGAAAAUCGACACCCUGGCAGCUCCAGACCCGCCGGUCCUGGCCCUUGGACCUCGGGGAGCUCCAGACCCGCCAGUCCUGGCCCUUGGACCUCGGGGAGCUCCAGACCCGCCAGUCCUGGCCCUUGGACCUCGGGGAGCUCCAGACCUGCCAGUCCUGACCCUUGGACCUCGGGGAGCUCCAGACCUGCCAGUCCUGACCCUUGGACCUCGGGGAGCUCCAGACCCACUGGCCCUGGCCCUUGGUCCCCAGGGAGCUCUGGACCUGGUGAUACCGAAUUCUGGGACAAUGGUAGCUCUGAACCUGGAAGUUUGAGGCCAGAGAGCUCAGGCCGUGGGGACACCACGCCUACCGGUGAAAGAUGGGGCAUAUUUGAAGACCUAUCAGGAAGUGUAAGCCCUGGGACAAAGAGAGAAUACCACACAGGUAAGCUGAUGACUUCCAAAGGCGACAAAGAGCUUGUGAUCGGUAAUGAGAGGGUCGCUUCUGGUGGCCCCUCUUCUACCAUUCGUCGGUCAUGCUCUAAGACUAUCACUAAGACCGUGACGGUGGACGGUCGGAAAGAAGUGACCAAAGAAGUGGUGAACUCCGAUGAUGGCUCUGACUGUGGGGAUGAGAGUGACUUAGACUUGUUCCAUACUAUGUCUGGCCGGGGCGGCCUGAGUGAUUUCCAUACAAGACACCCGGAGGAAGCGGAUUUCUUCAACAUUGGCUCAACUGGAAAACUAAUGACAGAUUUAUUCUCAUCUGACUUCAAAGAAUUCGGCAGUAAGACCCAGUCUCUGGGCACUGGGUCUGACUUCACAGACACAAGGGAAAGCGUUUCUCACCACUCGGGUGUGCCUGAGUUUCCCUCUGGGAGUAAAACUACAACUCGCAAAAAACAAUCUAUAACCAGGACAACUAGCAGCCGAGGAAGCUCCUCCACACGUGAAAGCAAGAGCCUUAAAAUGGUAGAUGAUGCUGAAGGGAAAACCCAUUUCGAAGAAUCCAGCGGAGCAUCUACCAACAGAGGCCAUGUUAAGGGUCGCACUACCAGAGGUAUCCACACUCCUCCUUUGGGGAAGCCUUCCCUGACCCCCUAGACUAAGUUUAUUCCUGCAAAGUGCUUCCCUAGCACUUUGCCCACCUUUCCUAACCCUCUACCAUUGAGAUGACACCCUUGUUUGUUUGUUUGUUUGUUUGUGUUUCUUGCUAGACUGUACGUUCCAUGGGGGCAGGGACUUUGCUGUGUUCAUCUUUGUAUUCCCAAAUGCCUAACAGUGCAGAGAGCCAUCACUCAAUAAAUACGUGUUAAAUGAAUG